AUGAGGAAGGGCGCGGAGCUCUUGGUCCUGCUGGUCGCGUCGUCCCUCUGCCUGUCCGCUGCGAUUGCCGCGCAGGAAACCUGCCCGGCCGACAUCGACGCCAAGUGCGGCGAUGCCGCUUCUGAUGACUGGGAGGGCGAGUUCUUCCCCGGCAUUACCAAGAUCAGAUAUGAGGGUCCUACCAGCAAGAAGCCGCUUUCUUACAAGUGGUAUAACGCGGAGGAAGUGAUCCUUGGAAAGAAAAUGAAAGAUUGGUUGCGGUUCAGCGUGGCGUUCUGGCAUACAUUCCGGGGUACUGGAGGAGACCCUUUUGGUGCAGCCACAAAGAACUGGCCUUGGGAGGAUGGCACCAAUUCCUUGGCCAUGGCUAAGAGAAGAAUGAAAGCUCACUUCGAGUUCAUGGAGAAGCUUGGAGUUGAGAGGUGGUGCUUCCAUGACAGGGACAUCGCCCCUGAUGGCAAGACACUCGCGGAAACAAAUGCUAACUUGGAUGAGAUAGUUCAGCUGGCAAAGCAACUCCAGAGUGAGACCAAUAUAAAGCCAUUGUGGGGGACUGCACAGCUUUUCAUGCAUCCACGUUACAUGCACGGAGCUGCUACUAGCCCAGAGGUCAAGGUGUAUGCUUAUGCUGCUGCUCAAGUGAAGAAAGCUUUGGAGGUUACUCACUACCUAGGCGGUGAGAACUAUGUAUUCUGGGGUGGAAGAGAGGGUUACCAAACUCUUCUCAAUACAGAUAUGAAGAGAGAACUUGAACAUUUGGCUAACUUUCUUCAGGCUGCUGUUAACCACAAGAAGAAGAUUGGCUUUAAUGGAACAUUGUUGAUAGAGCCUAAACCACAAGAACCAACAAAGCAUCAGUAUGACUGGGAUGUUGCAACUACAUUCUCUUUCCUACAGAAGUUUGGUCUUACAGGAGAAUUCAAGAUAAAUGUCGAGUGCAACCAUGCUACUCUCUCUGGGCAUAGCUGCCAUCAUGAGCUUGAGACUGCACGCAUUAAUGAUAUUCUUGGAAACAUUGAUGCAAACACUGGUGAUCCACAAGUUGGUUGGGACACGGAUGAGUUCCUUACAGACAUUUCAGAAGCUACCUUGAUUAUGUCAAGUGUAGUUAAGAACGAUGGACUUGCACCUGGUGGCUUCAACUUCGACGCCAAAUUGCGGAGGGAGAGUACUGAUGUUGAGGACCUGUUUAUUGCCCAUAUCUCUGGGAUGGACACCAUGGCCCGUGGCCUCCGCAAUGUUGCCAAGCUGAUUGAGGAUGGUUCCCUGGACGAGCUUGUCCGCAAGCGCUACCAGAGCUUUGACACUGAGAUUGGCGCCAUGAUCGAGGCUGGGAAGGGAGACUUUGAAACGCUAGAAAAGAAGGUCUUGGAGUGGGGUGAGCCAACCGUUCCAUCCGGCAAACAGGAACUGGCUGAGAUGCUGUUCCAAUCCGCUCUGUAG